AGGAGAAAAACAAAACAAACCCGAGAGAGCUUUAACAGCGUGUGGACUCCAUUGAAAAGGGAACCCUAUUAUCUCCAACACGGGAACCUGCACGAGGUCCAACACCGGUGGAGGCGUAUGCAGGGGUGCCUUAAAAACCUGAAGCAUACGGAGAACGGCAAGAAACCACGACAGACCAGAACCAGGUUGAGCCCAGUGACUCACCCUCUCCCUCCCCCCUCCCCUCCCUCCCUCCCACCACUCUGCGAUUGUAUCCCUCACCAGUAAUCCAUUGUGCUGAUCUGAUAACGUCACACCACUGGGACUGGACAGGAGACCCAGAGGUUUCCGCCGCUGGAGCUUGAAGCUGUGCCUGGCAAUGCCUCAGCCCAGCGUCAGUGGGAUGGAGCCUCCCUUUGGGGACGCCUUUCAGAACUACUCAUUUGCUGACCAGGCCCUGACCAGCACUGAGCUGCUGGCAACCAGUUCUGACCCAGAUUUCAUGUAUGAACUGGACAGAGACAUUACCCACCAGCAAAGUCCCUGUGGGGACAGCCUAGUGGGGGUCGGAGAUGGUGGUAAGGAGGUGGAGGGAGGGAUUGAUCAGCUCAUAGGUCUGGGAGAGUGUGAGACAGUGUGCAGCAGCUCAGCGUUUGAACAGUGGGACUCCUGGGAAGACCUCACCAGAUACACACGACUGGCCAGCUGUGACAUCUGGGGAACCAAAGAGGUGGACUUCCUUGGAUUGGAUGACUUCUCCAGUCCCUACCAGGAUGAGGAAGUGAUUAGUCGAACUCCAACACUGGCGCAGCUCAAUAGUGAGGAUUCACUGCCUGUCUGUGAGGCCUUCUACCCUCCUGUUGACAUGAGCGUGUCUACCCCCCAGCCUCAGCCACAGUCACCCCAGCUCCCCUCUCACAGUAAGAGACUUUUGGUCCCUGGCCAAGGAUCAGGCCCUGGCUCUGUACGGCCUUCUCCAAGCCCCACAACCUCCUCCCGUGCUUCCCGAAGCCUUCUUCCAGACUUUCCCGAAGGUUUCCAGAAAGCAACCAGACCUGUUCCCUCAAGCACUGAGACUAUGGCCAAGACCCAGUACCACCUCAGCCCCACCCAGGACAAGGCUCAAACCAAACCCUAUGGGCGAGGAACCAAGACAGCUGUUCCAACUUCUCACGGCUCUGACUUUGUGCGGAAGGCUAAAGUACGCGUGAGUUUGAUACACAGAGCUCAAGCUGACAUGCCUCCUCAGACAGAUUUUGAAAGGUCAGACCCCUCUUUGUCUCUCUCCCAGCCUCAAGAUGAGAAGGCCUCCACUUCAGCAAGUGCCAACUUGUUGGGACUUCCUUCUGCUGCAGCCAGUAGCUCCAGCAGCCUGGCGAGCUUUGAUAGGAAAGCAGAUGGGACAGUGAGGAGAGAGAUGCCUGUAAGCUGGUCUUCCUCUGUGCCUAAGCUGGUUGAGGGUAGCCAGGCUCUGGAGGACAGCACAUCUGUACUGGUGAGCAGUGAAGAUGUGACAGGGGCUAACGGUAGCAGCACUGGUGGCAUUCUGGUAGUCGAGGAUUCAGAGCAGAGCAAGGAGGAGGAGCACAACUACUCGCUGUUCCUGACCCGGAGCGGACUUUCAAGCAGACUUCAUUCCCAGCUAGAGGAAGAUGAGGAUGAAGACGACGAGGAUGAGGCGGAAGAGGGUGAAGGCGAUGGGCUGGACUUAGAUGAUGAAGACCAUGAUGAGGGUUUCGGAAGUGAGCAUGAGCUGUCUGAAAAUGAGGAGGAGGAAGAAGAAGAGGAGGAUGAAGACUAUGAGGCAGACAAAGAUGAUGACAUGAGUGAUGCCUUUUCUGAGCCAGGCUGUGAAAUGGAGCUGAUGGAUGAUAUUAAAGGCCUGACAGCUGGGGUCUCCAGUCGGAAGAGAGCAAAGCGCCGUUACUUCUGGGAAUACAGCGAGCAGCUCACCCCCUUCAAACAGGAACGUAUGCUGAAGCCAUCUGAAUGGGAUAGGCACACGUUGCCUAGCAACCUGUAUCAGAAGAAUGGGCCUCUUCAUGGUAAAUACAUGCUAAAGAAGUCUCGGCGCACUGACGUGGAAGACCUGACUCCCAAUCCACGCAAGCUGCUGCAGAUUGGCACAGAGCUUCGCAAGCUGAACAAGGUGAUCAGUGACUUGACCCCAGUCAGUGAGCUGCCACUGACAGCAAGACCGCGGUCCCGCAAGGAGAAGAACAAGCUGGCAUCCAGGGCCUGUCGUUUAAAAAAGAAGGCCCAGUAUGAGGCAAACAAGGUGAAGCUUUGGGGACUCAGUACAGAGUAUGAUCAGCUGCUGUUUGUGAUCAACGCCAUCAAGGAGGAGAUUAUGAUGCGAGUGGAGGACUCUUCUCCGCGUCAAACCAACAUGACGGACACCCUGGAACACCUCAUCCAGGAGACACUUGUGCCAUCACCUGUUGCUGGGCAGACUUCAGACUUUGUUAACAAGAUCUUGGAGAACACCGGACGUGGUGAUCCCACUGGCGGAUUGGUCGGCCUGCGAGUCCCCACCUCCAAAAUCUAGACAAACCGCCGUCCACUGAGAGGAGUGGACUAAACAUUACCACCGUGCUGUCCCAUUGUAACUAUGGUCCCCUCUGCAUGCCCCUCCAACCCAGAGUACAUGCACAUUGUUAGUCACACAAGCACACAUACCACUCCCAGUGUGUAUGUAUGUGUGCUUGUUUUAUGCCAUGCAUUCGUAUGGCACACACCCUAGCUUCCCGUCUCUGCACGCUGCGUGUAGAGUCGGCUCAUCACUGUCUCCCAACCCAUUGUGACCGCCUGUUGGGAGAAGCACGUCUAAAAGCAAGUGAUGGUUAGGUGUACAGCUAAUAGCACGUCCCUUAAAUCCACUGGUGAAUAUUAGGUGUAUUUAACAGAGCAUUGUGUUGGGUUGGUGUGCAGGACUUAGACAGUUACACCACUGGAAUACUUUCACUCAAUUUGUUUGAGGUGGUAAUGAUGAUGAGGAAGGAUUGUUACAUGCCAGACACUGUCAACCAUUGAAUAAGUUCCAGUUGUCAUUUUUUACAGCGGCUCACCCCAAAUGGUAAAAGAAAAAAAGAAAAAAAAAAAAGAAUUCCAGGUUGUUAAAUUGCCCACUCACUUAAGCACUUUGAUAAAAUUGGCUCUGGUAGCCAAGAAAGCUGCAGAGAGAAAAAAAAAGCAGGGUGGCAGGAGAUAUUUUGUAGUGAAGGCCUAAAUAUGUUCAUGCCAUCCCGUUUGCCAAUCAGCUCUGCUGAUGUAAAAAAUACUAUCAGCAAAUUAAUGCUUAACGCAGACAAAAAAAAGUGGUAGAACAAGAAACUGGUCAGUUAAAAAAGAUUUAAGUGAAAGACAUCCUGCUGGUUUUAUAGUUUGUGGUGGAUAGGAGAAAGCUUUCAUGGCUGAUUAUGACAAUGCAACACCAGUAGGUUGACCAUGUGGGGAGCAAAUGAUUGUAGCAUGGUGCUUUAUGACCUUGUGCUGGUUAUAACUGGACUGGGUGAAAACAGGGCAUUUUGCCAGUAAUGGGAACAGAUGGACUGUGAGGAAGAUGACCAUGAUAAAGACAACUUAAACGGUGAUCCAUCUCCUCCAGGAAACUGUAUAUAAAAGUGUCUCCCAGGCACCGGCUCCCCUUUUAUGUACAGUAGAGUUGACCAGGCAGUUGUGGUGAUGACAGUGUGGUGUGUUCAUACUAGUGUUUGAUCAGAGUUCUAUUCAUUGUGCCUUGUGUAUGUAUGUGUGUUUCUCUGUGAGUCUGAGUGAGUGUGUGUGUGUGAGAAGGGCUGACCAAGAAGAAAAUGAUUGAUCAGAACUCCUUGUGGUCCAGCUUAAAAGAGAAGUGUGUUAGUGAAUAAGAGGAGAGACAAACUUGUGGGGUUUGGUGUGUGUUUCAGUUGUUUAAAGAUAUACUGAAUGUACAUAAACAAAUGGAAGCUCUUGUUGCAUGAUGCCACAGAGUCUGUGUAUAUAGGAGGGCUCUGCAAUAGAAUACUUUUGGUUUUUGGUACUCUGUGUUUGGGGAUCGGGGGCUGGGUUAACAAAUAUUUUUCGUUCAGAGUUAAAAAAAAAAUAUUUGCACACUAUAUUUUGAUUGUUUUUUUGUACCAAAGACACAUGCAACGACAUGGCGACCAGCCAGUUAAAGUAAGGUUUUGCACAGCUUACCUGACGCCGUAUUGAAUGUAAGGAAUGUGGGAGGGUCAGGGAACUUCAUAGAACUGUGAAAUUAGCUUGGGUCCAAUUCUGUACAGAAAAGGAACAUUCAUUUGUGUUUUUGAAUCUGAAAAUUAACCCCGUCUAUGGGCUUCUCCUGUAGAUUUGUUGCUUAGGAAGCACUUCAUUCCUAAACUGAUUCCUCCCUCCACAUGAUAAGUGUAUUAAUGGCGCUAGCUAGGACAAAAACCAAGAGCGCUAGUAGAUAAGCUAUGUUACAUUUUUGCUUGUUUGUCAAAAUGUCACCAACAAUAACCAAAAUGUUCCUGUGUCACGUGUUUGAUUUCUGUAUGUAGACAAGGUCUAGUUCACAAGCGAAAUAUUAACUGAAUUGUGUUUAAGUACUGUAUAUAGAGAUAUUAAUGAUAUAUCUAUCAAUGGUGAAAUGCCACUUUUCAUGACAAUUAUUAAUUUUUAAGCAUGACACAUUUCUAAAGCCUAUCCUUGCAUCAAGAAAGUUAGAGGAAAAAAACCCCACAAAAACAAACAAAAAAAAGUUCUCAUUAUAUUUUUGUAUUUUAGCUUUCUGCUAGCUAUCCUGUCAUUAUGGAAGCAUUUACUGGUCAGAGAAGGAGACGGGGAGGAAGAGAGGAAAACAUUUUAGAUCCAAAUCUGAUAGAUUGAUCUAAAUACAUACACUUGACCCCUUUCCUUUUUCUUUGCUAACAGUAAAACACAGUGACCCAGGGCUGCUUUAUUUUAAACACAGUGCAGCAAAGCCUUGGUCAGUGAGGAGAAUGAGGUCAUGCUGUCUUUAGUGAGGACAGACGCCGUGGAGAUGUGCGUGCAGAUGAGGAACCAGCUGUUGUGCUGCCUUAGAUGCUGUAAGAAAGCCAAAGCUAUUUGAGUCUGUACGACACUGAUCUGGAUCCAGAUCUUCCCAUCGUUUAUUUAGUUAACCAUAAAGCCAGCUGAAUUUUGCAUUUCCAGGAAUUGUUUCCUCUGGGGUUGCAUUGCUGUAUUGAAUAUACCUGUCUGGCCUCACCUUGCCUUUAGCCUUGCAGCCUUCCUCUCCAAAUACAUUUUUUAGGCCAUAAAGUGGCACACUGUGCAACCUAUUAACAUGCCCGAUGUUUUAUCUUCCUGUUGUGGCCCCUCAGAGGAAGUGUUUUCCAAGGAAGUGUCAAAAUUCUACCUGAGUUCAGUCAUUUGACAGCCAAAUAUAAUCGGGAGUAUAAUCUGAGGCUGAAUUCGAGAUCGUUUGAAGUGAUAACCGUUUCCUUUACAGAAGGAUUUCUGAUUACAGGGAGGUUUUGGUUUGUUUGUAUUUUAUCCGUUCCGUCUAAAAAGGGAGAAAUGGUGCUUUUUCUGAAACUAGAAUGACAAGUUUCCGCGAUACUUAUUUAACUUCUUUGACUAGUUGUAGCCUAAAGACCUGCUCACCCCUACUGUCCUCGGCUAUUUUACGUAGUAGUGAUUCAUUUUUGUAAAUAAACUGAGUUAACAUGUAUCUUUUAAAUGUUAGAUAUAUGUGUAGAUUACUCUAUCUUAUAUGUUUAAAAAGCAAAGCACUUUGUCCAAAAAAGAAAAAAAAACAAAACAAACAGAAGCAUUUUUUUUUCUUCCAUUUGCUGCUAAAUGGCCUUGUGUGAAUGCUGCAAGUGUACUUGACGACAACUUGCUUGGAUAAGUCUAUUACCUGACAUGGCUAUUUCUAUGAGCUAGCAAGGAAUAGGUGUGUGGCCUGACGAGGGUUAGAUCUACAUAUUUCUGGAGCCGAGAAAUGAUAUAAGCUGUUGUGUGAAAGCGUAUCAUUGCUUGGCUUUGGGAAGCCCAGUGUCUUGACAGGAUAGGUCUAUGUCCUGGUCAGGGAUGGUGUGAUAGUAUGUUUGUGGUCUUAAAACAAAAUCAUAACAAAAAAACAAAAAAAAAAGAGGGUUUUGAUUCCAGGGCCCCUACGUUGAUCCUGAUGCUGACCCCCUUGGCGUCAUGAAUCAUUUGCCUUCAGUAGAGGUUUCCUAUGGAAAAACUGAUUCUGCUUUGGCUUCCUCUUCAGGGUGAUGUACAGUGUAGACACAUUUCUUCAGAGAGCUAUAUUGUUAUCAUUUGUAAACUGAUUUCUACUUGUGACUUAAUGAGGUGGGGUGUAGCCUGGGGCGGCCAGGAAGAGCACGCUUGAACGAUGUUGUUCCUGGCUGCCUUGGGGGAAGUUACUAUAUCACUGUACUGUAUGGCAAGCCAAUUACAAAUGGAGACUCAAUCCGGACACUUAUUGCCUUCUGAAAUAACUUCAUAUACACACAAACGAAAAUAAAAACAUGGCAGACAUGUUUGUAGCUAAUGGGCAUGCCCUGUGUUUAUGACAUUGUUCUGCCAGUAUGGUAAACAACAACAACAUAAAUCAUUCAGCCCGAUUGGCUCAAAACAACCUCGACCGAAGCAGCAGACGUGGUGAAACUUUUCUGGAAAAAUGGCUUCAAAGAUCCAAACAACUUGACGUGUGUCUUUUGGGAUAAUAUUUGAAGCAUUUUUUUCAGCUAUGAUUUGAAACCAAGUCUGGUAGGGGGUCAACAGUGGUUACAGGGCCGCUGGUUGGCGGCCAGCUGACAAAUGAGGUGUCCGUGUUUUGCCGUCGAUCACAAGGCUGGUUCAAGAAAGAGUCCUCAAAGGUUUUUACAUUUAGGCGCAAGCUGUGCAACUUUACAUUGAAACCAGGAGACUCUGUGGCAUUUUAACAGUCAAGGAAAUGAGUAGAAAUCCACGCCAGUAAAACUAUUCCUUAUUCUUUUUAUUUCUGAUUACAUUAAUCCUAUACAGUCAUUUAUUAAGCUAAUAGAGUGUGUAAUUUUGUGCUACUCUUGUCCAAUAAAAGCUACGUGGAUCCAUAAAGCUCUUCUUCAGCAAAUCAGGGUAAUAUUGUUCUUCUAUCUGACAUAUGUGGUGACAUAUAAAAUCAAAAAGAAAAUAUAUUUAUGUAUUCCAAUUAUUGUCGCCAUUCUUUACUCUGUACAAUAUACUGUCUGUGUGUGUUAUGAAUUAUAAAUGUCAAUUACUAUGGUGCAAUGCUCUACACAAAGUAAAAACAAAGGCCAACAAACACAUAAAAAUUAAUUAAAAACAAGAAAAAAAAAUUCUGCAACAUCUUCCCCUCAUGAAGGAUUUGACUGGUGUUCAGUGAUCCAACUGGGGUUUGUCACAUGGUGCUGAUUACUGUUCAUCACACAAGAAGUAGUGCCCCCCUCCCCGAUCAUUUUCAUUGGUUAAUGGCAGGAUUAUACUGUUGGACCAAUCAGAGGAAGAUUCACACAGAUUCUUGCUCUAAACAACAAUAGAAUGGUGAUUUCUGUGUUAUUGACCUGUAUGAUCGCUGUUGUUGAGCAUAGCAUUACUUCUUUUGUAAAAGCCAGUCUCCUGGGUUUGACACCACAGCCAUUGCCAUGGUCAUAGCAGACAAAACACCUUUAGCAUCAAAGCAUAGACAUAUAAUUUAAUGUUUUGUUAGAAUCAUCUCCAGAAGUCAAAUCCUUCCUGUAUGUAACUUGGUACCAAUUAGUGAAAGUGUUCGCUGACACAUUUUUCAGCUGGCAUGGCUCCACAUGACUGCUAAUAUUUAACAAUUCUUUCGCUUGUGACAUCUUUAUAAGAGGGUGUGUCAGUGUCGUGAUUACAGCCUGAUGUGUCUGUAACAGAGAUGUUUUAUUGAAGGAUAAGGACAAUUGAAGGAUAGUUUUUUAAGAAUAAUUGCUACCAAACUACAAGCAGUGAUUAUUUUAGGAAACUUCUUAGGAUUGUACACAGUUGUAAAAUAAGUGUUACCAAAUUUCCUUAAACGAUUGGGUUUGUAAAGACCUCUUGCUGGCUGUGUUGUCAGACCCCUGAGUCUGGCUUUAAGUAGCCUUUGUAUCAUUUCAAAUGUUUCCUGAGUUGUUUGAACCCAUGUUCUUAUUGCUUGCAAAAACACCUGAUCCUCAGAGGCUGUGUGCUUACCCCCCCUCCACAUUUUCCUCUCUGAGACAAGAAAGCAGCAGGACUUAUGUUUCUGCAUGCUGAUUCCCGCAUUAGCACUGAGAGAAUCAAGUGACAUCUGGAGUCCCUUAGAAAAUGGGGAAAUAAUCGUCACAAAAUUGUUGCAUGGCUUUUGGAGCUCUCUGUACUCUCAGUCACAUGAUUUCAUACUUGCUGCUAUUGAAUGAGCACAAAAAGACUUCAGAUUUUGGUCCAAGGGUGCCCAUGACAUAUUUACCAUAUAUAUAUAUAUAUAUAUAUAUAUAUAUAUAUCCCACAGUCCCCUUCCCUGUUUUUUCCAAACCUUCUUUUUUUCUACCAGUCAAAAGACCAACAACGUUACUCACUUUGCACUUGGUUUUUACACUUACCAGGAAAAUAUAAGAAGAAAAAACAAACAAAAAAACAAACAAAAAAAAUCGACAUUUUGAGAUACGAUGCCUGCUAAACCAGGUGCCUUAAUCAAAUAUAUGAGAACACAAAUCUGCACCUUUUGUCAGUCUGAAGGGGUUUCCCUACAGAAGCAAGGGGCUGGGUUUCCCAAAAUGUAAACUUGAAGAACAUUUCUGAGAUGAAAACCUUAACCCCAUUUUCUAUAAUCAAUCCUUAACAGCAGAUCAGAGCUUUCAUGUCUUGAUAGUUCAAUAGUUUCCCUUUAGUAUUACUGAAGAAGAGACAAAUUGCCGUUCAACUUGAUGUUUUGGGAAACCUGGUUCUGUUUUUAACUCUUUCUCUGCCCACUAUGCCACAUUAUUGUGUUUUCUGUAUUGGCUGCUGCUGCUAUCACUGUUGGUGUGUCUGUGUAGAGAAGAAAAAACUUCCACUGUGUCCGUGACAGAGGGAGACUUGGACGUGCUUUUUAACUGGUCAAUAACAAUGCAUUCUUCUUCUGAGGUUUUGAUGUGGAGCACCGUAUUGCUGCCUCUUGAGACCUUUUCAUGACAGAAAAAAAUAAAGAAGAACUUUCCAUUUCUUAACUUUGCUAUAAUGAAGUGCCAGACCCUCCUUGAAGUCAGUGUUGGCACUGAGUCGCUGGUUGCGAAUGAAGCGACAUACUGAGCAUGGAGGUAAACUGUGGUGCUAAUCUGUCUGUUGGCUGGGUGCUACAGUAACAUGGCUGUGUUGAAUUUUAGCCAUAUUGUUCUUUCUGUUGAUGACAGGUCAGUCUUGUGUUUCUGACUGCUGCACUGCUGUAUGCUGACGUAGCGAGGUGUAACUCUGCUGCUGCUGCUUUGCUGAUGAAUGUAGACUAGUCUUCCUCAGCAGGAUCACACAGACAGACAAGAGUGUCUGGUGGAGCUUUUUUCCUGUUCGAGUUUGUUUGGCGCUCUUAGAGGGAGACCCUGGUCAUCAGGAUCUAGAUGGAUCUUGAAUGUUGUGAAUCUUUCUAUGGCUGCUGUCUUUGCUUGUAUGUUUAAACUUUUUUUUUUUAUUAAUAUUAUUUAUAUUCAUGCUCUGACUCAGUAAAAUGUUGCAUGUUUCAUUUUUUCCCCCUAAAUUAUGUUUUGCCCUUUUCUCUGACCCCUGUGAUCAUGCCAUUAUUUGCUAUUUAUUUAUGAAGUCCUUUUAUUUAACCUGCAACCAAACAAGUUAUUAAAUCUAAAGAAGCAGGCAUCCUUGAGCCAGAGACUUCUCAUGAGAUUUGCAGACAGAAAUCAAAAAACAGAAAUCACAUUUCUAAUUUUUAUUCAUUGUGUUAUAAAUUACUCACAAAAAGUUUGGUAUGCUCAACUUUUGGGUGAAAUUUACAGAUAAUGAAAAAAGUUUAUGUUCUGCUGAUAUUAUAAUAUGAAUGUAUGGUAUUUAAGUAGAAUUAUAGAAAGGUAAUUCCCUCAUCCCCAAAUAAUUUUAAUAACUAGCAACAUAGGAAGACCACAGUGAGUACCCAAGCAGGGCUCUUAACCCUAACUUGUUCCCCUGUGUGCCAUAAAAAUAGUAGCUCACUGGUCCUGGUCAAAUUAGGAUGGGUCAAAUCCAGAGAAAGAGUUUCCCAAUUGGGAUUAUUAAAGUAUACAUAGUCAGUAGAUUAUUGAAACAAAAGCUAACAACAAUGGUGGGUAUACCACAACAUAAAAAUGACAGUAACUCAAUAGCUUGUCAUGUGUUAGGUGUCGUCUUGGUCUAAAGCAUGCUGUGCAAUAAGUACUUCAAUAUGGAAAACUUGUACAUGUGCACAAAGUCCAAUUGAAUUCACUGUUAAAGGUUAUAAUGUAUUUUAGGUUCAUUCUGACAUUAUACAAAAAGCUGAACAUCCCUAACUUUUGGUGAGUAGUUUAUAUUGACCCUUUGAACAAUUAAGUUACAGAUCUUGAAAACAUUGAAUUUUAAAAACAUCAUCACAAGUAACUUGUAAAAAAAAGUAUUACAUGGCCAAAAAGAAUCAUGUUAAACAGGAAUUUUAGAUAAACGAAUCAGUCAGAUUUUAAACAUGUCCACUCAUUUCCAUCACAAGUUCAUUUGUUUUUAAAAUAAUGAAGUUAUUUCCAAUAUUCCCAAUAAUCUUUUGGAAAUUCCUUUAUGCAAUUUCUUACUUUGGGAUGAAAAUUAUACCAUCAGUAAGUUCAGCUUAGUCCAAAGGACACACACAGGAGACAGUAAGGUUGUCCAAAGACUUUCAGGAACUAGUUCCUGGCAAGGCUUAAUGCCUUCUUUGAAUCUUAUGGUUGUUGUGGGGUUGCUCUGUAACCAGUGUAGAGACCAAAAAAUUCCCAGAAUGAAAUUUGUAGUGAUUUUUUCCUAUCAUGUGGAAAGAGAUUUACAACUGAGUUUGAGUGAUUGCUGUCUGUGAGACCCAUGAAAUGUUCUGUAAUUUGAGGUCUGAUAUGGGUUGUGUGAGGGUUGUUAAGCCGGGCUUAUACGCUCACCAAACCGAACCGCACCUUGAAGCAACUCUUGUGUCAGAACUCUUGACUGAGGUUUAGGCGUAUCGUAGCUCUGAAGCUCAGGUUAGAAGUCGGCUCGCUUGCUUUCUCGAUCCUCUGUGGGGACAUUUAGUGAGAUUUGUGGGAAAAAUUUGACUGCGACAGAUGUUCUUUCCCUUCUCUGUGCUUUAUUUUAAGUUUAAUUUCAUUUUUGUUUUCUUAUUUUCUUUUGUAGAAGGGCUUUGGUUCGCAGUUGUCUUGUCAGGGAGCCCCUGAGAUUAACCAGGGGUCAUUAAAGGCUGGUGGGCAGAGACCCCUCACCUUCCCCUGCAGUAAAUGAUGGGGGAAGAUGUUGUCUCCUCUUCUGCAGACUGAUCUUACAAAAGCAAACAACAACAACUCACCCUCGAUAAUAAAAACAAAACUCUUUCUAUUUCUACUCAUGUCCAACUCAUCAUCUACAUCUUCUUCCAGACUUGCCAAAAUGCACGGAGCAAGAGACAUUUAACAAAAUGUUUAUCUUAAAACAUCUGUUUCUUUUCUCUCUUUUUAUAGUCAAAUAACAACAGACAGUCAGACAAUUUUAUAGGAAAUCCAUACAAGCCAAACAUGUAGAGGAUGUGGGAGGUAUCGGUCAUCCUGAGCUCCACAGCUACAUGCUAUUGUUAUGCUCCUGGUCUUGUAUGGUAACUUAUUUGACAAGAUCAACAGCAUGGGAUCUUUCUGUAGUUAGUCCUGUGUGUGUUCCUCUCCCCAGUCUCGGUAGGAAGGCUGUACUUCGUUGCUAAGUGCUCUAUAAUAGAUCUCUUGGUGAUUCUAAUUUCAUAAAGAAGCAAAACCUGCAGAAAGUGUAUCCUGCUGAAACUAACUUGAUCCUCCUUAGCAAUGACGUCUAUAUUUGUAGUUCACAUAUAUGCCUGUUCAAAUACAAUAUCUUGACAGUUGUUAUUUAUGUUGUGUAAUAAAUGUUGUGCUGGGUUUAUAUUUUUGUUUUGACUAACUUUUUCUUUUACAUUAUAUAUUUUUUCUCUUGGAGGCACAGUUGGUGGCUUUAUGCACAGGCGUUGAGAUGUCAAAGAUGUUUUGUUUUCUUUCUCGGUUUGUACUGUAACAGUCCGUUCUGUUUCAGAGCUUCUGACAGUUUUUUUUUUUUUUUUUGGUCUCUGGCUGCUCGACAUCCUACAGACAAUUGCCCUGAAUCUCCGUUGUGUUAUUGUGCCUCUUUUUCUGUUUUUUUUUUUCUUUUUUUCUUUUUUGUAAUCAUUUUUGUCUCUGUUGUAUCAGCCGGGAGUUGGUACUGCAGCUCUGCUUGUAACCAUGUUAGUCUGAUUAUGUUUAUUGAUUUUAAUAUCAAAACAAUAAAACCAUUAGCACCCCA